AUGCGGCUUUGCCUGAGCCACCCUCCUCCUAUCCGUAAGCUGCUGGACUCCUAUGAGGAGCUGCGAGGCGGCCUGGGGCACCAGCCCUUGAGGUCUUGCCUCUGCGUUGAACCCGAGAGGCAGGAGGGCGCCAAGGGCUGCCGGGCCAAAAAGAAGAAGAAGGUGGUCUUUGCUGACAUGAAGGGCCUCUCGCUCACAGCCGUACGGAUCUUCUCCAAGAUCGAGGAAGACCUGUGUGAUUUGCACCACGCCCUGUCCAGUCUGACCAGCUUCCGGAACAAGUGUCGGGCCCCCCGGCUUGAGAUGAUAAAGUACGUGCUGGACUUCUCCCAACCCUCUGCUGACUAUUCCGCUUUUCGCAGUCGCCUACAGAGCAGUUUGGUUUCCUUGGAAAGCUGCCUGAUCCAAGAGAAGUCCCUUUCUGGGACUGUCAAAGUCAGAAACAUUAGUUACGAGAAGAAAGUGUACAUCCGGAUCACCUUUGACUCCUGGAAGACUUUCCAGGACAUCUGUUGUCAGUAUCUGCACAAUACAUACGGCUAUAUGGACACGGAUGCAUUUUCCUUUGAGGUGGCUCUGCCCAAAAGUCCAGUUCUUUGCGGGUCUGUUGAGUUCUGUAUCUCCUUCCAGUCCGGCCCAAAAGUCUACUGGGACAACAACCAAGGGAAGAACUACAGAAUACGCCAGGUGGUGGCUGCUUCCCCUCCCGGUGCCCUUUCGCGGCUGGCAAAGAGCACUAUUGGGGCUGGGGAGCCUCUGGGGACCUCUCGGGCUGCAGCUUUGGUCCUCUCUCGCUUGCAGACCUGGCGGCGGUCAGAGAUCCGUGACCCUUAUUGGUAG